AAUAAGAAUAUUCUUGAAAUAUUUAAAUGUGUUUUUAUUUAUUGUCGUCAAUUAUUUAAACAAUGUUUCAUAAAACACCAGCCAACACCACUAUGCUUUUGACAUUAUUUUGAUAUGAUUUUGAUGACAUUUCUGCAAAUUCAAAAGAUGUGUGUCUAUUGUUAUUGUUUUGCAAAAUUGCAAAUUUAAACGACUGUUGCAAAAUGAUUUGAACAUUCUUGUGAGAAGCUCAUAUAGCUAAAUGUACUAGAUAAUAAAGGUGUUAAAUAUAAAAUUUUCCUGUGUAUGUGAAAAUGAAAUUGAUUAUUUUAUCUAGUUUUUGGUUAGUUUUGUAUUCUUUCUGGUUUACCGGUUGUAAAGGGGGAAAAUGGUAUGGUAAAUGGUUUCCAUAUCCUCCAGGUGCUGAAGUAACAAGUCCGGUUGACAAGAAACCCGGCUACAAGGGUAGAGUUCCAAUGGGCAUUAAAAAUAGCAAUUGUGAUGAUGGAAAGACAAAUUUAACUGUAGAUUGGGAUAAAUCAGCCGAUUCAUACCUAUGUUUUUAUGAAAAUUUAAAGGACUACAUGCCGGACUUGUAUGUUCAACCUAUCUUACAGUGUGAUCACAUUCCACGUGGUUACAUGGUCAGUUCAAAUAAUCCUGAGCACUACUGCAUGCACACUAGCAUUGUAUAUAGAGACGAUGUACCUACAUUUGGCGGCCAUAGGCCUCUUUGGCCAAGGUAUGGAGAAUAUCAAUACCUACCACCCCAGCGAUGGCUUCACAGUCUGGAACAUGGAGCUAUAGUAAUGCUUUACCAUCCGUGUGCUGACCCGCAAGAAAUCAACAAGUUGAAGGGCAUUGUGACAAAUUGUCUUUACAGGCAUAUUAUUACCCCGUAUAAUAAAUUACAAUCACAGCGGCCCUUCGCCCUGGUGACUUGGGGAUGUAAAUUGAUGAUGUCAAAGGUCGAUCACAAGAUUGCAAAGGAAUUUAUAAUGACAUCAGCACUUCAGGGUCCCGAGAAAGUUUCCACAGACGGUCAAUUCGAUUAUGCUUUACUUAGGCAUGCAAAAAUAUUGACCGAUGAAAACGAUUCAACGAUCUGUCCUGAAAUUUAAUGUGAAUUAUUAGCAAAAACAUUCCGUACUUUUUGAUACAAAAGUAUAUUUUUGAAAAAAAGAUAAUAUACCGCUUUUUGAUAACAUAUACUAUUAUACAUAUGUAAAGGGUAGUGUUAAAAAAAAAUAUUUAAAUAUAAUCUUGUUUGUUUCCUUGA